AUGAAUAGAUAUUGUUACAUAAUAUUUAAACUUACAAGUCUUGUUUUUGUCAUUGAUUAUCUAGCUUCUGGCUUAACAGACAUUGGAAUCCUGGAAAUAAUUCUCGGAGGCUUGGCAUUACAAGUGUUGAUUAUUUUGGUGUUCAUCCUCUACAGGAGAGGGAAUAUAAGUAACUUUGUUGAUCAUGUAAGACGAAAUCAAAUUGUUGCCAACCUCCAUAAGAGAUUUGUAAACCAAGAUUCAGUACCAAUGGAAGAUCUUCCAAAUGCUACUUUAGACAAUGAUGGAGGCUUUCAAAAUCCAAUGUAUGGAACAAGAACUCGGCAAUCAGGAAAAUUGGAUUACUUGACAAAUGACAGUCAAAUUGGAGAGGCAAGCAAUGUUUGUGGUUUUGAUAAUCCUCUCUUUGGCUCAAAUAUAAACCAAGAAACCUUAUUUGAUGAUGCAAGCAAAAUUUCACCUCCUUUUACAAUGAAUCCGGUGUAUGAUCCAAAUGAAUUACAAGACAGUACAAUAUGA